UGAUAAAUAGACAUCCAAAUAAUGAAUGAAUAUCAAUCGUAUACGUCUGAUAAUCGUAAAUCGAAAUAAACCAUAAAUACUAUGGAAGAGCUUAGCAAAAAUCAAUCAUUCAGAAUUCUCAAAUUGUAAACAUCUGGAUUAGGCAAGUUAAAUAAUAGUAGUAAAAGAAACCCAUAAAACUUUGAUGUUUCUUAGGUGUCUACCUCUAUGCCAUUAAGGUAAUCUGCUCUUUUAUUAUUCCCACAAGUUAGAAGAAUAUGUUAUCAUUUUUGGCUCAUGAGGAGUCCAAGCGUCCGAAUUCCUAUGAAUAAUUGUAUUAAGAUUUGUAACAAUCGAAGCAAUAAGUUAACAAUCUUAAAGAUGAGAACACCCGACUGAGAACCAAAGUCCAACACAAUGAAGUAUGUUUUAUUGUCUAUAAUUUAGAGAGAAUUCUAAAAGUAUGAGAACUUGAUAGAAGAUUUAACCACUCAAAAGAAAUCGAACAAUUAAGAUCUUCAGAUUAUUUCACUCAGAAAGCAAGUCAAGGAUAAAAGCUCAGAAUUGGAGGAUAAAACGAAGGAAUUGGAAAUGUUAAAGAGAAAUAGUAAAGUUUGCAAAUUAUAAGAAUUGGAGGUUCUUAUGUUGAAUUUAUUAUAGGUUGAAAAAAAAGUGUAUUUCGAAUAAACCCUUAUGAUGAAGCAUAUGUUAUAAUUGGCCUAAGAUCAAAUUUAAUACCAAAAAAGCAAAUUAGAAUAAGUGUAACAAUUAGAAUCUCAAUUAGAUGUUUGUCACGAAUAACUAUUCAAAUUAUAAUAAUAAAACAAUGAGUCACUAGAACUCAUCUCAAAAAGGGAUUAAACUAUUAAAGAAAUGAAAAUUCAAUUAAAAAAUAACUCUCUUAAAUAAUAACAACUAGUUUAAAAAUAGUAAACAAUCUAAUAAAAGUAUGAUAAUUUGUAAUUGCUCUAUCAAUCCAUCAAAGGGAACAACAAUAAUAAUACUCAGCCAAAGGAUACUGUUACGAAAUUCCCGAAAGAUCUGAUUAUAUUGAAAUUGCAUUAGAAGAGAGUCACCAUGAAUCAAUUUUAUGAUGCCAUUGAGACAUUAAAAAAGGCAAAAACCAAACAAGAGCUUAUUUCGCUGUUGCAAUAGUAAGAAUACUGGUUAUCAUAAAAUAGAGAUCCAUUUUAAUUAAGCGAAAGCUAAUCACAAUAAGUGGUGGAUAAGCUAACAGGGACAUAGACAUUAUCUUAACAAUUCAUUACUUAAUUAAGUUAUCACUCCUUAGAAGGUUUGGAUGAGUAAAAGGCACAAUAAUUAAUCAAUAAGGUAUUCCAAUAAGUAGCGUAUAGUCUCUUUAAACUAAAAAAGACCGUGUACGAUAGUAUUGGAUUUAAUACAAACACAAAAAGGUUGGAAGGGACGAUAUUAUAAAAUUUAUUUAGGCCAUGAACUUUAAUUGGGAUUAAUAGACAACAUCCUAUUUUCUAUUAGAAGUAUUCAGUAUGUUUAUUUAGAUAUUUUAAAAUACUAUGUCAAAUAAUAAUGUUACUGAUAAUAGUGAAUAGAAUUCUCAAAGUAUGAGAGUAUCUAUAGACUUCAUAACAAACCCUUUUUCAAGAUAAUCACAUCAUAAAAGCUCAAAUGAAGUCUAACAAUAGGAUAGCUUUAUUAGAGAUCUGAAUGAGUAAUAGAGUAAUUAAUAGGUCAUUGAGAACUUUAACCCAAAUGAUGAAGUCUUAAUUAAUUAAUUUUUCCCUGCUGAUGAAGAAGAUAAAUAGUUCGAGAUCAUUAGUAGUUGUCCUCAAGAUAAAUUGACUUCAAAGUACUAACAAUAGAAUGAGAUUCAAGAAGUGAAUGAAGAGGAUAUGCUAAGUUCUAAACCAUAGGAUGAGGAUAACAUUAAUGAUAUGGCAUAUUUAGAAAGCAAUCAAUAAGAAGAAAUAGUUUAGGAAGUAAAAAGCCUUGAAAUUUUGAGUGAUUAUCAAUAAUGA